UUUUUUCUAUCGACUUUCAGUUGUUUCUCAAAUUGUUUUUGCAUAAAAAUCUAUUUUUUAAAGCAUUUACUACCUAUUUAAAUCACUGCCGAAAUCACACUGUGAAAUUACACAGCACCCUUUGAAUUGUCCUAUUUUUGUCCUACUCUCUAAAUUGGCGACUAAAUUACCCCUACACUUUUCUCUAAUGUUGAAACUUUUUUUCCUGGUGAUGAGUCAUUCUUAAAGUUUAGAUUCACAGCAAUUAAUUAAAUUAUAAAAUGUCCAACCGUCGUGGUGGUUUUGUAGAAGGGAAAGUCUAUGUUGGCGGUUUACCUGAAGAUGCCACCUCCGAAGAGUUGGACGAUGCUUUCCAUAAAUUUGGACGAAUUCGUAAAAUUUGGGUUGCCCGUCGUCCUCCAGGCUUUGCUUUCGUAGAAUUUGAUGAUCAUCGAGAUGCGGAGGAUGCUGUACGUUCAAUGGAUGGAACACGCAUUUGUGGAGUUAAAGCAAGAGUCGAACUUUCUGUUAGUGCUUCUGGACGACCUAGUGGAGGGGGACGAGGAGGCUUCCGUGGUGGCGGUGGAGGUGGUGGAUAUGGCGGUGGUGGAGGAGGAGGGAGAGGAUAUCGUGAUCGAUCUCGCGAUCGGCAUGAUCGCGACCGGGACCGUGACCGUUCAAGAUCUCGCUCGCCAUAUCAACGUCGUGGUGGCGGUGGUGGAGGACGUUCAUACUCACGAUCACGCUCUCGUUCACGUUGA